AUGCCUCAACCACCACUUGAUCUCAACAAAUACCUCUCCACCCCUCUUCCUCACUUGAGAGAACAAUAUCCUCCUGGAACGGGUGGUACCGGUCCUAGAGCAGAGUUCAGUGGGGAUCUGAAAGGUGUGCAGGAAAUUGAGAAUUUCGAUGAUGAAGUGACCAAGUACUUCAAAACUCUCCCUUCAGAGCCUAUCACCCCUCAUCCCCACUACAAAUACCCCAAAUUCGUAGCUGCUCUCAACACCAUACCUAACCCACUCAAAACUCCAAGUGACUUACAAAAGGCGCUCUCGUCGAUCCCUCUUCUAGCCACCUCGUCGGUUCUCACUGCCCUCGAUUCCGACCCUGAAGACUUCAAGUUUGUCUAUGAUGCUCAAGCGCUCGAUAGAGCAGGGUACGAGUCUGAUGGAGGCGUCGACGGAUCUGGUGAAUCUAAACCACUCAAACCGGAUUAUGUGACCAAACCUUGGACUUUCAAGUUCAACAAAUCUCCUUUGGGAUCUGGUGAAUUCCUCCUUACCAAAGGCGGCUCAGACGAUGUCAAACUCGUUGUUCGGACUAUCAACUCAUCUGCAUUCACCUCAGCAGAUUGGAAAGAAUACAUCGUAACUGGUCCAUACAAAUAUAACACCAAAUCUAAAGCCUCAUGGUAUUGGUCCCGAUCUUACAACGCCGCCAAGCGAUUAGGAUGUCAUUAUUAUGUUUUGACAGAUUGGCAAAGAUGGACUUUCGGUUAUUUCAAUGAAGAUCGAACACACGGUUGGACUUCGCCUAUCUUAGAAUACGAUGCGGAGAAACCUAGUGUAUUGCAAGCUUUGUUAUUCUGGACUAGAUCCGCAAUUGGUGCAGAGAAUGGAUACAAACCUACUCAAAAGGACGUAUCUUCCUUACCGGAAUUGUUCCCUGCGAACCCCGCACGAAGAAUCUCUUCAUCGGGAAACAAACCUCAUCAACCGAGAGAUGAACGAAAACCCAGAAAGGCCAAUGAGAGCGAUAUCGAGGAGAGUGAUGCCGAAGAUGCUUCUUAA